AUGACUAUGGACGUCGGUAUGUACAAUAAUCAGCAGAACGGGUACAGCGGCGAGUACUACCAACAGCCGUACCAGGCUUACGAGAACUACCAUGACGGGUACUACGAGCCGGCACCUCACUAUUACGACCCAACGCUGCCCAGCCAGCCCUUAGAGCAUCCAGCGCCUGUAAUCAACACAGACGCAGGCCUGUGCUACACGAAUUUGGACUAUGGGGACUUGCAACAGAGUUACCCGGUUCACUCCUUACCUCCUCAUCCGGAGCCUUUCAAGCAUAGAGAUGAUUUGCCCAGGCACGAAGAUCUGCAUAUGCAUGAUCACAAGCUGGACAACCAUUAUCUGGAGACGAAGUACAACAUGCACUUCGUAGAUGAAUCGAUGCAAUUCAGCCAUGCCACUUCACCGUUGCCGUGCGGGGAGUUUGAUCCCUAUCAGCCUAAAGACGAGUUUGGCAGCCUGCGGGAGAGCUUCCCGCGGGAGGGUGAGAUGCAGCACGGUCUGAUGACGCAUCAGCCUCACUCCUCACACACUGUGCCCACAUAUAAAUGGAUGCAGGUCAAGAGGAACGUGCCUAAACCUUCGGCGUGA